CACUCGCUUAGUUCUCGUCCGCUCGACGAACGCAGCAGAGCGUGUACGGCCACGAGAUAUAAAGAAGCCACGACUAGAGUGAUUCAGGCAGUUCGAUCUCGACAUUCGAAGCUAUCGUACACGUUUGGCGCUAACAGCUAGAAAAAUGGACGUCGCUACUAAUCAGAGCUUCGCAGGGCAGAGUCAUGAAAAUAGCACGGAGAAGAAAAUGGCACCGAACUCCCGGCCGAAAACUUUCUCGAAAUAUCGACGAGCAAGAGUAACGACGAGGCCGUAUCCAGAAACGAAAAGCGGCGACGAUAUCAAACCGAACAGCUGCGCGUGUGACAGCGACGGCGAACGGCGCAACAGCAGCAGCGACGGCGAACGGCGCAACAGCAGCAGCGACGACGCUGAUUUCGAACGAUCGAGCAACGAUCAUUCGUCGACAUCAACGCCGGCAAAAUAUUUAUCGAAAACAUCUGCCUUUAGACUUAGAUUGGGCGUUUAUUUCAACGCAUUGGACAGAGAGAGGCUCGCGAGAGACGUACGCAAGAGCGAGAUCUGUAAACAGUUUGCACUGGCGGAAUACUUUGUAUGAAAGCGUAAUUGUGCACCUCGAAUCGUAUUUGAUAAUUGUAAUAUUUUGAGCUUGAGUGAGUAUAAGCGAGAUCUAUAAACAGUUUACGCUGGCAGAAUACUUUGUAUGAAAACGUAAUUGAACACCUCGAAUCGUAUUUGAUAAUUGUAAUAUUUUGAGCUUGAGUGAGAAUUACAUGGUUGAAAUGUCAUUUCACACUAGUUACCUGACAAUGGGACAUGAAAAAGAGGCCUAGUCGACGGCCUCUCAAAUUGACGCCUGAAUUUUUUUCAGGUUAUCGCUGCUAAAAGCGGUAGCAUACAACAAAUCGAUCAUAAGUUAUAUAAAUAUGAAUGAUUUUCUAUAAGUUCUGUUACGUAGGAUAAUAUAUUUAUGUAAAAUAAUUGAUUUAUCGGUAUUAUAUCCUCAAUAAAAGAACUUUUGUCUGAGUUUCCGGCUUAGACGUCAAUCUUAAA